AUGGAGACCGAGCUCCAAAACCUCAUCUUCGUCUGGAUCUCUGUCAUCGCAGCCCUCACCUACUGUCGCUACAUCUCCGUCCUUGUCCCCGUCGGACUGAAGAGGCUCUUCUUCUUCCUCCCGGUGAUCCUCCUCUUCCUCCUCCUCCCACUCCGCCUCACCAGCCUCACCCUCGCCGGUCUCACCUCCUUCUUCGUCGCCUGGCUCUCCAACUUCAAGCUCCUCCUCCUCGCUUAUGGCAAAGGCCCUUUAGUGCCGCCACCGUCAUCAGCACCUCUCUCUCUCCUGCUCUUCAUCGCCAUUGCAUCGCUUCCGAUCAAGAUCAGCCCUGCCACAGAAAGAGCAGCUUCCAAGCAUGGCAGUGGCGGGGGGUUGAUGUCGCCGGCGAACUACGUCAUGAAAUGUCUAUUGUCGGUUUCGCUCUUUCCGCUCUACCAGCGAAGUGACUAUGUGCAUGAGAAGGUCAUGAUGUUGGCGUACUUAGUCCACGUGUAUAUCGUGCUCGAGGUGGCUCUGGCGGUGGUUGGUACAGCGGCUGCCCGGCUCAUCGGCGUGGCAGUGGAGCCGCAGUUCAACGAGCCGUACCUUGCCACAUCACUACAGGACUUUUGGGGCCGGCGAUGGAACCUCAUGGUGACGAGCAUCCUGCGGCCGAGCGUGUAUGAACCCAUCCGGUCAGCCUCGGGCCACCUCGUGGGAAGGCAGUGGGCUCGUCUGCCCGCCGUGCUCACCACGUUCGCAGUGUCCGCUCUCAUGCACGAGCUGAUCUUCUACUAUAUCGGGAGGAAGGAGCCCACAUGGGUGGUCAUGUGGUUCUUCCUCCUCCAUGGGGUCGCCGUGGCCGCAGAGAUCACGGUGAAGAAGGCGUUACGUGGCACGAGGUGGCAGCUGCCGGCAGAGGUAUCAAGGCUGUUGACAAUGGGGUUCGUGGUGGCGACAGGCUUCUGGUUGUUUCUGCCGUCCUUACUGCGGUACGACACAUUGGCGAAGUCGGAGAGGGAGACCAUUGCUAUUAUUGAGUUUGUGAAAAGUCUCUGGAGCUUCUUGAGUGGUCGCUCCUCAUUGUGCACAGAUUAG